CGRCGCGUCAGUAGCCAGGCAGAAUACAUUACCGAUAGCAGAGUAGAGCGGAGCUCUCAUCAUACUGCCAUAGACACUUAGGGAGCUCAGUCGUGCCGUGCAGAUCUUACAGGCUACAGAUUCAUCCUUUUUACUUCCCCAUCUCGCUGACACGAUCCACAUUAUUUUAAUCCUGCACAGCGGAUCUUGGGAAAUAUUUUGUAAAGAAAAAUGACGCUUUAUAUUCUGGAUAUAUAUUCUGCAUAAGAGGCUUUGUGUUUUGUAGCGUGAUAAACCACGCACCUGGUCUUCUACCCCGAUGUGGAGGCGCUCUCGGUUCAGUCACAGAAGAGGGUUGCUAGUGAACUCCAGAUGGGACACUAGGAAAUGUAGAUCGUGGAGCUGCUCUCCUCUCCGACUCAAACAUCCUGACUGCUGCUAGUAGAAACAGUCUGUCUGUCAGAGACUGUUACCGGAGGACCGAGAAGCGGGAAAUCAGACAACAUGGUUCAGAACAUUAUUCUGGUGUUUUUCCGCAGGCGGCUGAGCCAGAGACCCGCUGUAGAGGAGCUGGAAAGUCGYAACAUCCUCAAACAGAGGAACGACCAGUCAGAGCAGGAGGAGAGGAGAGAGAUCAAACAGAGACUCAACAGGAAGUUGAACCAGCGUCCUACAGUAGAUGAGUUAAGAGACAGGAAGAUACUGAUUCGUUUCAGUGACUAUGUAGAGGUGGCCAAGGCUCAGGACUACGACCGCAGAGCAGACAAACCCUGGACCAGGCUGUCUGCUUCAGACAAGGCAGCAAUAAGGAAGGAGCUGAAUGAGUUUAAGAGCAACGAGAUGGAGGUUCACAAUUCCAGCAAGCACCUGACAAGGUUCCAUCGACCGUAGUGUAGAGGUAGUUUCUUCUGUGAAGAAGCAGCUGUGUGGUCAGUGUAAACCAUGUGACAGUCUCCUGUUCCCAGGCCCAGUCUCCUGUUCCCGGAUGUUCGAACUACAGAUUUCUGUCUGUCUCUCUACCAACAUGGAGGAGCUGUCUGUCUCUCUGUGUGUCACAAUGGAGGCUAUGUCUCUCGAGCUGGAGCCCAGGAAAGAUCACAGGAAACAUCAGACUGAUAAACUCUUCAAGGAACUAUUAACACGUCAAUGUGUGCUGUUUCCUGGAUGUCAUCCAAUGAGAAAAAGACUCCUGGAUGUCAUCCAAUGAGAAAAAGACUCCUGGAUGUCAUCCAAUGAGAAAAAAGACAAAUGAAGAAGAUAGCAGCACUUACUAGUUCACAAGUCGUUUCUCUCAAUUCACUCCAAGCCAGCAGUCUGAACGAAUCACAAUCAGAAAACUUUAUUGCUACACAACAAACGUUGCUAAGAAUUUUGUGUUGGUGUUAUUUUCAAGUUUUACGGGAUCUGGAUGUUAAAAAUCAUCCAACCAAAUGCUUAAUGUAGAUUCCUUCUCGACAAUGGAACAACAAUAAAUAAUAAAAGACAACCUUUUUUCUUUACACUUUAGUCAUUUAACAGAUGCUCUUAUUCAGAGCGACUUACAGGAGAAAUUAGUGUUAAGUGCUUUGUUUUACCAGCAACCUUGCAGUUACUGGCCCAAUGAUCUUAACAGCUAGGCUACCUGUCGCCAGAAAAAGGUUAAAAAGGAUGAAACAUCCCCAAAACUGCUGGUAUGGAAUAAACUGAUAGAAAUUAUGUUGUCUGUGAGUGCUGGUCGCCUUGUUUCCUAGUGGAGUUGGAUCUUUUGGAUUAGGAGGAACUAUGAAGAGCCUUCAACUUAGCCCAGUGGAACCAGCCCAAAGGGAGGAACUAUGAAGAGCCUUCAACUUAGCCCAGUGGAACCAGUGACAA